GUUCACCCCACACAGAUUUAUGGCCAUCACAAAGAAGAACUGUCAGAUAAGGAGCGAGGCAUGGGAAUGCCCAAGAAGAUGGGCUCCCGUUCCACCCUGGACAGCAGUGAUGAGGAUCACUAUUCUAAAUGUCAAGGUGAUGGGGACUGAGGCAUAGAGGACAGGAGUGGAAGGAGGUGCAGGGAUUAGGAGGAUAACUUGGAUGCCCCGAUGUGCAUACUGUUCCCAGAGCCCUUCUGAGAAGGUGCCUCCGUGACUGCCUCCACGCUUCACCUUGUUCCCUCCUAUCCCUCUCCCAACCCCAGAAAUCAAUGUAGAGAGGAGUGCAGACAUCCGUGGGGGACUGGGCUCUGGAAGGGAAGGAGUAGCAGUUGGCAGAGAGGUAAAGAGAAAUCCAGGCACUAAGCUGAACAGACAGGACCCUAAGGGCCCAGUCCCUCCCCUCUACUCUGCAGUCAUGCGCCCAAAGCAGGGACUGGUCAGCUGCUGUUCUCUUUGGUUUGUUACCUUUUUCUCUUCCCAGAUUGUGUCCGCCGCCUGGGACAUGUGGUGAGAAGGAAGUUAGGGGAAGACUGGAUCUUUCUGGUGCUUCUGGGCCUACUGAUGGCUCUGGUCAGCUGGUGCAUGGACUAUGUCAGCGCCAAAAGCCUUCAGGCCUACAAGUGGACAUACGCUCAGAUGCAGCCCAGCCUCCCUCUGCAGUUCCUGGCCUGGGUCGCCUUCCCGCUUACGCUCAUUCUCUUCAGCGCCCUCUUCUGCCACCUCAUCUCUCCCCAGGCGGUUGGUGAGAACUUCCUGCGGCACCCCUCAACCCGGCUCUGGGAUCCCUGAAAUGAAGACAAUCCUUCGUGGGGUUGUCCUGAAGGAGUAUCUCACAAUCAAGGCCUUUGUGGCCAAGGUGGUUGCCCUGACCGCUGGGCUUGGCAGUGGCAUCCCUGUGGGGAAAGAGGGCCCUUUUGUCCACAUUGCCAGCAUCUGUGCUGCUGUCCUCAGCAAGUUUAUGUCCGUGUUUUGUGGGGUCUACGAGCAGCCAUACUAUUACACUGACAUCCUGACGGUGGGCUGUGCGGUGGGAGUCGGCUGCUGUUUCGGGACGCCACUUGGAGGAGUGCUGUUCAGCAUCGAGGUCACCUCUACCUACUUUGCAGUUCGCAACUACUGGCGAGGAUUCUUUGCGGCCACAUUCAGUGCCUUUGUGUUCCGCGUGCUGGCAGUGUGGAACAAGGAUGCUGUCACCAUCACUGCUCUGUUCAGAACCAAUUUCCGAAUGGAUUUCCCCUUUGACCUGCAGGAACUCCCAGCCUUUGCUGUCAUUGGGCUUUGCUGUGGGUUCCUGGGAGCUGCAUUUGUGUAUCUGCAUCGCCAAGUCAUGCUCGGCGUCCGGAAGCACAAGGCCCUCAGCCAGUUUCUUGCUAAGCACCGCCUGCUGUAUCCUGGAAUUGUUACCUUUGUCAUCGCCUCAUUCACCUUUCCACCAGGAGUGGGUCAAUUCAUGGCUGGAGAGCUGAUGCCCCGUGAAGCUAUCAGUACCCUGUUUGACAACAACACGUGGGUAAAGCACGUGGGUGACCCCAAAAGCCUGGGACAAUCAGCUGUGUGGAUUCAUCCCAAGGUCAACGUUGUCAUCAUCAUCUUUCUCUUCUUUGUCAUGAAGUUCUGGAUGUCCAUCGUGGCCACCACUAUGCCCAUACCCUGCGGAGGCUUCAUGCCCGUGUUUGUGUUAGGAGCCGCGUUUGGAAGGCUGGUAGGAGAGAUCAUGGCCAUGCUAUUCCCUGAUGGUAUCUUAUUUGAUGGCAUUAUCUACAAGAUCCUACCUGGGGGCUAUGCAGUAAUUGGAGCAGCAGCAUUGACUGGCGCCGUGUCCCACACAGUCUCCACAGCUGUGAUUUGCUUCGAAUUAACGGGUCAGAUUGCUCACAUCCUACCCAUGAUGGUGGCUGUUAUCUUGGCCAACAUGGUGGCUCAGAGCCUACAGCCCUCCCUCUAUGACAGCAUCAUCCAGGUCAAGAAGCUACCCUACUUGCCUGACCUUGGUUGGAACCAGCUCAGCAAAUUUACAAUCUUUGUUGAGGACAUCAUGGUACGUGAUGUGAAGUUUGUUUCAGCUUCUUGCACAUAUGGGGAAUUGCAAGCCCUGCUCCAGACCACCACAGUCAAGACUUUGCCACUGGUCGAUUCAAAAGAUUCCAUGAUUCUGCUGGGCUCCGUGGAGCGCUCGGAGCUGCAGGCCCUCCUGCAGCGCCACCUGAGUCCUGAGCGGAGGCUGCGGGCGGCGCAGGACAUGGCGCGCAAGCUGGCCGAGCUGCCUUUCGACGGCAAGGCGCGGGGGCUCCCCGGCGGCGCGCCCCAGGGCCGGCCCGAGUCCUUCGCCUUUGUGGAUGAGGAUGAGGACGAGGACCCCUCCGCCAAGACCGAGCUGCCUCCACUUCCUCCACCCCCUGCUCCUCAGCCCUUCCCUGCUGCGCCACCAUCCUCUGAAGAGCCCAACGGGCCCCUGCCCAGCCACAAACAGCAGCCAGAAGCCCCAGAGCCUGCAGGUGGAAGACCCUCCAUCUUCCAGUGCCUGCUGCGCUGCUUGCUGGGCAGAUCUCGCCCUGCGAAGAAGAAAACAACCCAGGAUCCCACCGAUUUAGUGGACAACAUGUCACCUGAAGAGAUCGUGGCCUGGGAGCAGGAGCAGCUGAGCCAGCCCGUCUGUUUUGAUUGCUGCUGCAUCGACCAGUCUCCCUUCCAGCUGGUGGAGCAGACCACGCUGCACAAGACUCACACGCUCUUCUCGCUCCUGGGCCUUCAUCUCGCCUACGUGACCAGCAUGGGGAAGCUCAGGGGCGUCCUGGCGCUGGAGGAGCUGCAGAAGGCCAUCGAGGGGCACACCAAGUCCGGGGUGCAGCUCCGCCCUCCUCUUGCCAGUUUCCGGAGCACAACUUCAACUCGAAAGAGCCCUGGCGGACCACCCCCUCCUGCAGAGGGCUGGGGCCUGCCCGAAGACGGAGCCGGGGCCCCAGGAGCAGGAGAUGUGGCACCUGCGCCCCCAGAUUCCCCCAUGCCGUCACCCUCCCCCGAGCCCCCUCUCUCCCUGGCCCCAGCCAAGGCAAGGGGCGAGCUGGAGGCAGCCGAGGAGCUGGAGCUGCUGGAGAGUGCAGGGCCGGACGAGGAGCUGGCGGAUAUCUUGCAGGGCCCCAGUCUGCGGUCCACGGACGAGGAGGAUGAGGAUGAACUGAUCCUCUGACCGUCACUCUGGACUGUGCAGACUGCUGAGAGGCCCAUGCCAGAGGGUGGAUUCGCACGCGGCGGACGAGAGGCCACGUCGAUACUUUGGCACCCCCCCACCAGGAAUGCUUUUUUAAUGUGAGAGUGAUGAUCUUAAAGGAGUCAGCACUCAGGCAGAGAGGAGCUUGGUCAAUCACCUGGAUUGCUUGCUCCAAUCCCAGGCGGGCAGGUGCUUCAAACCCAGGUGAGCCCCCUGGUAUUCCAUGGGGCUUCCUGCGUCUCCUGCUGUGGGGGUGGGGAACACCCUGCCUCCUUUAUCCCCACCCCCCACAGUGCCCCAGCGUUCUUGUUCCUGUGCCUCCCUGGCCUUGCCUGCCUGUCAUUCAGUUUCCAAAGCGUGUGGCUGAGGGGAAGCCUGGAAUGAGUGUGGACCUUCAGGUACCACAUUGGAGGAGGAGAUGGGACCACCUCAUGGUCUUGUGCAUUGACCACCCUGGGAUGUGCCUCCAAACCAUCCACGGUUGCUUCUCUGGGAGUCCCCCAGACCUCCCACAUGCCCACACUCCUCACCAACUCCACAGACCCCACCCUGGCUCCCAACACUGUCUCCAGUCCAGAGCCAUGACUAGGGUUGUGAAAGGCCAACCACAUUCCCCCUCCUCUGUCCCCUGCUUCAAGCAGGGAGAUGCAAACCAAGGCACUAUCGAGGGCCGCCUCCUAGAAGAGAAAGGCCGCCAAGGCUCCACGGGGAAGGGGCAGGUGUCUUGUUGGUACCCCAUCGUGUCCGUGGUAUUCUCCGAGUCCCACUGGCAGGAAGCCCUCCCUUCACAUCACAGCUUCCUGGGCCUCCGGUUUCCCCAGCUGCUCCCUGAAGAUGCAUCCUUGUUCACCCCGCUGCGGUUAUGGACUGUCCUGUAAGGGUCAGCUCUGCCUUGGAGCCACUCUGGCUCGGGCUUCUCCUGCGAAGCACCCAGGCUCUGAGCACAGAAGGCCCUGGGUCACUCAGACACUUCCUCAGGUGCUUCCUGCAGGGGUGGAGGGUUGGAGUGCAGGGAGUGGCAAGGUGCAGAAACCUGGAUGCACGCCCAAGGCUCUCCUCCACCAGCCCCGUAUGCCUGUUUUGUUCUGCAGUUGGGUCCCUCUCUAACAUUCUCCUGCUGCCCUUCCCCCGUGUCCAGUCUUCUCCAUCACCCAAAUAAGACACUCAUAGCCAGAGGAUGCCACCACAUUGUGUUUAGUGUCACUGAACACAGCCUCUGGCCCUCUCCAGCAUCACGUCCCUUCCACCUCCCCAGGCCAAGAGAGAGACACUGAAGCCUGAGAAUGGGGACUGACGGUGGGCACAAGCCCGUGCCCGUGUAUAUAUGCUGUUUAUGUAUAUUUAUAUAGACUCCUCUCUGUAAUAAUAUAUGUCAUAGAACCUCU